CAAAGAAAAUGAAAAAUGGCGCUAGCCGUCCGCUGUAACCCUAUGAAAUUUUUGAAUUACGCACAAUGUGUCCGUGCGCGAUUAAUCAUGAGUUCGGUUAAAGAGCGAAUAAUGGAUCGAACAUUUCUGCAAGCAAAAAUUACGCAGUCAUUCAGUCAGAGAAUGUACUCGGUAGAAAACAUCAUUGAUGAAGAAAAACCUAACCCCAAAAAGAAGAAAAUAUUUAUACCACGCGUGACACUGUUGUCAGAGACCAAUGAAAUGUCAAUAGUGACAUUGGAAGUAGCACAAAAAAUGGCAACUCGCCGAAAUUUAAAGCUGGUGAAAAUAAUUGAUUACGAUACAAAAACCGAGCGACCAACUUAUCGGUUAAUGACAAGUAAAGAAUUUAUACAAGAAGGACUGGAGGUGAAAAAACAAAAAAAAGAGCAAUCCAAAACAAAUUUGAAAGGCGAAAAAUUGUUGUCCAUGUCAACUAAAAUAAGUGAUCAUGAUUUGUCAACUAAAGUCAAAAGCAUCACCAAACUUUUGAUAAAGAAAUUUGAGAUUAGAAUUUUGAUUUCGUAUGAAGGCAACAAAGAAAAAGCUGAAGAGAUAUCGAAUACAAUAGAAAGAGGAUUGAAAGAAUUGGCACCAAUCAUUACAAAGGUUUCUUCGAACCACAGCUUGAAAAUAUAUGUGCGUCCAGGACUUCAAGCCAAUCAAUCAGAUGAUCAAGUGGAUUCAAUGAAUGAUAAAAAAGAAAAUGUUCAAACUUGAUUGUAAAUUCUUCGACUGCUGUGACUUGAGACUGUAUAUAAUAUUUGCUUAUUGAACUGUACAGAAGGAUUUACAAAUGCAGUACGAGUGGUAAAUACCUUGUCGAUUUAUAAAUAUACAAAUUUUAGCUGGACGAUGAAGUGUUACAAAUAUAAUAGUGCAAAUAAUUACAUCUUA